CGGAUUUAUUGCAACUUCCGCCAGAGGUCGCCUGUCAUCAAAAAUAGAAAGUGAACUAUUGAUUUUUGCUAAAUUAUUCCAUUUUCAUGUAUAUUCAAGCGAAUUCAUUACAUUGAAUCUAUGGUGAUGGGAGCAAGUUGAAGAUGUUUUCAGUAAGGAUUGUAUCCACUGAUCAUUACAUGUGCACGCCCCUGCGGGGACUGGAUGUACAGUAUGCCGACCAGCGUUGCACAGAGGUGAAGAAAGUUCCAGUGGUGAGAAUAUUUGGAUCAACACCAGCAGGUCAGAAGACAUGUAUGCAUGUCCAUGGAGUUUUCCCGUACCUGUAUGUUCCUUACGAUGGAACUGUGCCAUGGGAUCGGUAUUUGCGGCAGUUUGCGACAAGUCUCGACAAAGCGAUCAAUGUUGCCCAGGGACAUGGACAAGCUAACAUACAGCAUGUGUAUAAAGUAGUGCUGGUCAAUGGAAAAUCAAUGUAUGGCUACCAUGACAAGGAGCAACAGUUUCUGAAGAUAUAUUUCUACAACCCCAGUAUGAUCAGAAAAGCUGCAGAUCUACUCCUUGGUGGAGCUGUGUUGAACAAGCCAUUUCAGCCCCAUGAGUCACAUAUCCCAUACACUUUACAGCUAUUUAUAGACUACAAUCUUUAUGGAAUGAACAUGAUUAAUGCAGCAGCUGUCAAGUUCAGGAGACACACAGAAAAUGUUGACCAUGAAGUUAUGCCACUCAGCCAAGGUUCAGACGAGGGGUUUGGAUCAGAUCCAAAGACGCCAAUAUCAUUUACAGGAUUGUUGAAUCGAUCUGGUUCCAUGACUCCUUCACAGCGAGUCUGGCAAAGUGAAAAUAUACCUAGUGAAUUAUACCUAGAUGACAGUGUUGAGCGGUUAAGUACAUGUGAACUAGAGGUAGAUGUUGUAGCUGCUGACAUACUCAAUAGACUAGACGUCGGUGCUAACAUUGGUACAAAUCCUGGCCUUGCUGCAUUAUGGGAAGAUGAACGCCAGAGAAGACAAGAUCGCGGCGAGUCAACAGAUAUUGCACCACCAGAAUCACAAGAAAGAGUUGAUAUAGAAGUGGCAGAAAGUGAGAUGAUUCUAAGAGAAAGACUCCAACAGAUUUUACUGGAUUUACAGCCAUACAUGGACAGUCAGUCAGACACAGAGUCAGAACAGUCACAGGACACAGAUUUCCCGCUAACACAAGCCUCUGAUCUACAUCUACAUGUAUCUCAAGAUGAUCUGGAAGGUUCUCAAGACACAGUGAUGUUUGACGCUGAUGAUUUGGACGAGGAUAAACCAGUGGUAGAUGAACAAUCUAUACAGAGAGUGGUCUCGUUCAGUCAGAGCUUUUGCGAUGUUAGGCCAGAAAUACCAAAAGUUUCAAGUCAGGACAAAUCACUUGUAGAUAUACUGGCAUCUCUAGCAGACGACACUUCCCCUCCGUCUUCCCAGAAUGCAGCAGCUGAGGCUGUAGCAUUAGAGGAGCAGGACAGUAUUCUGUCGCAACUCUCUCAGCCAAGAGAUAAAGAAACAGAUCAGCAGGAAGAAGAAGAGGUCCUGGAAAUGUCGCAGCGUAUUUGGGAAAGGGAAGAUGAAAAGGAUGAUGAUGAUGGCGAUGAUGAUAAGUUUGAUCUUGCUGGAAUGGACGAUACCUGGAUUGAUUCUCAGAUAGAUUCACCUGAUCAAGCUGCUGAAGGUGGCAUAAAUGAUGAUCUAGAAGUUGAUAGUGACAGUGAUGCUACCAGCGAUAUUAUCCCACAAUAUGAUGGACCAUCAGAUAAAAAAGAUGAAUCAAAACGGGCUGAAGCCAAACAAGCUAUAUUGAAGCGUUUGGGAAUGAGAGGUCCAACUUCUAAUGUGCCCUUGCCAAACAGAGGUGGUGCAACGCAGUAUGAUUCCAGUGGGAAUAUGAUGGCAACCAACCCUUUUGCUGAUGCCCCCAGUACUAGUCAGAAUUUUAACGUUUAUCCUGGAGGUCAUGUACCACGGUUCCCUGCAUCUGGAAGUUGGAAUGCUGGAAGCCAGAACUGGGGGAGAAAUGUACCUGCACAGACUUUAGGAAUGCAUCAUUCACCAGGGGCUGUUUCCAGUCCCACCCAGCAUCACUCACCAGUCAGUUAUCAUCAGUCGCAGCAUUCGCCAUCAUCCGGCCAGUACAGUCCUAUAAGUAGUCAGCCAUCAGGAAUGCCUGCUUAUCAGAUGUCUCCCAGGAACCAAAACUUGCAUAGUCAGUAUACAGCUGGAAACCAGUCAUUUGGUCAGAGUUCACCUCAAAGUCAGCUCUCGCCAGGAUCAUAUCAGAAUCGGUACCCUGCAUCACAGAGUUACAACCCAGCUGCAGGUCAGCAAAUGUCACCGCCAUACACAGCUCAACAUUUACAUCAUGCUCAACCAAUCUCUAGUCAAUCUAAUAUACCAUAUAGCCCACCAGUGACCUAUACUCACAGCCAAAAUCAAAGAACUCAUGACAUGGACAGGUAUAUGCAGGCCAGUUCUGAAAGGUACCAGCUUUCAAAUGAAAAUUUCUCACAGAAACCUGAUCCAUCCCAUUUGCAUGACUUUAAAAGAGCCAAUCAAAUGGAAGCUUUCCAUAUGCCAACAUACUCAAGAACCAGUCAAGUCACACCAACUCAGAACCCUUUAAUGCCAAUGGCGAACCAGAUGGCAGGAUUACAGUCUCAUGACCACAAAAGACCUAAUCAAAACCCAGCACAGAUCCCUACAGAUUUAUAUAGAAUAAAUUCCAACCCGUCUAGUCAUGACAGUGACAUUCAAAAUCCAUACCAGCAAAAUAAUGCUUGUAUGAACAGUGCUCAACAGAAUAUUUCAAGUUUGCCUAUGUACACUGCUCAACCUUUAAAUGAUAUAGUUACUAGCCAGACUCCAAGUGGCAUAGAAGGCUUUCCAGGGGCUGAACAGUCAAACCCAAGUUUUGAUGCAAAGAGACCUAAUCCAGCUUUGCUUUCUAAUCAAAUUGUGGCAGAUUUGUUGGAGCAAGGAAAUAGAAGAGGUCGUGGUAGGGGUAAGAAUUUAAGUACACAUCCUUUGUUGCAGUCUACAAGUCGCCAGCACAACCUUUUAACAUCUCCAGAUUCCCAAAACAGAAAUGUAAAGAAGUCUUUGAGUAAUGCACUUUUGCAACGUCGGCAAAAAUCUGGCACCUCGGGAGAAUAUCCAGAUCCCCUUACUCUUCAGAAUGACAUCACAAACAUUAGAUCAGAUCCAUUUGGUCGGCAGAUGAGUUAUGAAGGAAGUGGUUAUACUCACAUGAGUGACAGUUCCUCAAAAGCGAGCCAACAGCUUUCACCAAGAACUCCCUCGGGGGAUUCUAGUAUGCAGAGCCCAGGGUCAGCAAGUUCAAAACAAUCGGAGCCAUUUGUUGGUCCUAUUACCAAGUAUUAUAAUCGUAAGCGACUAAUGUAUGAACAGAUCAGUCCCCCUGCAACACCUAGUAGCACCAUUGCUAAUGAUAUUAAUAAAAAGCCUCAGUCUGUUUUCAGUCCAAGUAAUAACUUCUCUGAACAACAGAUAAGUCCUUUGCAGAGGUUACUGUUGGAUAAUUCUGAUCUUCCACCUAGAUCUGAUCAAAGACAAAGAACUCCCAGUAGAAGCUCAAUGUCUAGUUUGUCUUCUGUUGGAUCAGAGAAACCACAGAACCAUUCGCAACAAGAUAUGUUUUCUUCGAGACACAAUCAAGAGAAGUCGAGACUAUUUAACCUUUUGUCUUCCGUGAAAAAUGAGACAGAGUCUAGGAAAGAAACAAAAAACGUGACUGGAAGUGUUCAGCAAAGUCUGAAUGAUAGUCAGCAGGAUCUGUUUGCAGAUUCGCUCUUGUCGGACAUUAGUGGUAUAGAAAAUACAACAGCAGAUAGUUUAAGUUCCUUGUUUAGUGAUGAUACUCCAAUAAAACCUGCUGGCCAGCAAGAAAUUGGAGAAACUGGAAAUGAUAUGGCAAAUAAUGGUAGAGUUCAAGCAGCACAUUCAAAAGAUGAUUUUGCAUCAUUGUCAAGUUUGGAGAGCUUUGUUGGUAGCGUAAGAAAUGAGUCAACUGAGUUUGGAGUAAAUUUCCAUAAAACUAGUGCUACUGAACUUUUAAAUGAUGCGAGUGUGUCAAGUAAGACCGUUUUACAUGGUACUCAACAAAAUAUGACUCUAGCUAGGUCAUUGCCUUCUAAUCUGCAAAGCGUGGCUUCAAUGUCUGGUAGUCAGGAAAAUGUUGGCACAAGAAUGCCUGCAGCAGGUGAUCAACAAAACGUUGGUCAAAGGCCAAUGCCUGGCAGUCAGCAAACUUUAGAAAGGCUUCCACAAUCAUUUCAACUUAACGAAGGCAGAGGGCACCCUUUACAAGAUAGUCAAGGCAGGGGUCAUCCAGCUUAUCAAAGUCCAGGCAGAAGUUACAACCUAACAGACUGGCCUCAGUACCCAGUGCAGCCUGGCCCAAAAGUAGGACGUGGAAGAGGUCAGCGAAGAAGGGGAAGGCCCCCAGGCAAGAAGGGCCUAAACUUUCCAGUAGAGACUUUUGGAGUUGUUCAGAAGAAAAGGAGAGGUAGACCAAAGAAAAAUGGUGAUAGUUUCACAUUACCACCUAGUUUUCAACAGCGGAGUAAUGUUCAGGCUCAUAGUCAUCUCCAAGCUCCAGGAUCCCAGUUUUCUCAACAGUUACAGAAUCAGUAUUCAAUGCCACCUAACACAAACGCACCUCCAAAUAUUGACCCAUACAAGAAUAUAGACAUGAAUAUGCCUUACUAUCCAAGUCAGCCUAACAACCAGUCCCAGUCAUUUUCACAGUUGUUAGAAACUGAUAAUAAUGACCUUUUGGCUGAAUUUACAACUGAUUCAAGCAUGUUAGGAGAUGGAGGGUCUCAGUUUGGGAAUAAUAUAGGGAUCCCACAGGGAGGUCAGACAUCUGAUAACCAGUUUGUAAGUGAGACAAACUUCAAUUCAAAUAUUCCUUCAGUUGGUCAGCAGUUUGCACUUAACCAAGUCCCAAACCCUAUUCAAGACAAUUUUCCUCCAUCUCGUAGUCAAAGUCAAAACCAUCAGAAUCUGUCUGUUGAAGGGUUCAAACCCUCUGGGCAGGAUAGAAUGUCACUAGGAUUUCAGGGACAUCAAUACUCUUGUCAGAAACAAGAACCGAAUUUUCAGGGGCAGUCUUUACCUACACAGCAACAGUUACAAACAAUAAACUUGUCUGAAGCAAUGCAGAUAAGUGAACCGCCUAUGAAUUUUAAUACAGAUCUAUCUGAUCUGAGCAAUGAAGAUUUGUCUCAGAUUUUGCCAGUAAUUGAAACAGGACACACAAGUGCCAUUAGUCUUAAAGUAAACGAACAGUUUACGGAGUAUGGAGAUUCAGUUAGCUGUGUUGCAAGUACAUCGCACAAGAUGAACAUGCAAGCAGUAAUGAAAAAGAAGAAUCAGCAGAGUCGAGGGAAUAGAAUGCCAGCAGAUACAGCUUCUGUUAUGGAACUGAUCAGGUACAGGCAACGAUCGGAAAUGCUUCCAAAGGCUUCAGCAGCCUAUAAAUUCAAAUUUAAAGUGCCUACUCCUGUUUUCAAGAGACUGAAAUUUAGAGUGAAAAGAAAUAUGGGUGAAACAGAAAGCAUUGACUUUGUCAGGAUGCAUCCUAAAGAUGCUAGGAAGUACAGUUUGUUGAAAAUAGGAAGAGAAAUCAUUCAGUUAAAGAAAUUAUCUGAGAAUAUGGUUGACAGUAUUAGAGAAAAGCUUAAAAGUGGCGAAGAUGUAGAAGGAAUUCCUCCACCUAUUAGACUGGUUGAAGUCUCUAAUAUUCCACCGACCGGUUCAAUAAUUGCAGAUCUUUUAUCAGCAGACAGUCCACUUAGUGAUGACAUGAUUGGAACAGGAGGUGUUGAAGAUAUGCUGAAUGGUUCAAUUCCGCAAAACAUGAUUGGUAACAACGACAUAUUUAUGAUAAAAAAGCAAAAACUGACGUCCAAAGAUAAGAAACCAAACAGCAUGUUCAGAGGUAAAAAUAUAGCAAAUGUUCCACAUUUAAAAAAGUACAGAGCAGGAUUCCCAUAUUUUGGAAAAGGACACGUUGGAAGAGGUGCAUCCCAUAAUACAAAGCUUAAAGCAAAUAAUAAGGGUUUAAAACCUGAAUAUGACGAUGAUGAAAAUAUUGUUUUAAAAGAUGUUUGUCUAAAUGAUGCUUCAGAUGGAAUUCUUACACCAAUUAAGUCCAGAACUCCAGUUGCUGGCCGCAGUCCAGCUCACUAUGGAGGAGGAGGUAAUAUGCCAGAAAUGGAGAGUCAGGAAAAAAGCAUCCUUGAGUCAAAAUUGGAGUAUGACUUGGACCUAAAUCAGUCAGGAAAUUCCCAAAUGUUUCAGGAUGUACUAAUGGGGGAAAAAGAAUUACAGAAUAAAACCGAAUUUGAGAACGCUGAAGAAGAUCCAGGUAACAAAGAUGACAAGGAAAGAAUGAAAGUAGCUAAAACUAAAGUUGAAAAGACUGAAAAUGAAAUAUGUGUUAAAAGCAAUUAUAAAAGUGGGGCAGGACCUCUUGAAUCAUAUGAAAUAAAGGCAAAAGAAACAAAAUUAAGUAAACCUGAAUAUACUGGAAAAAAUGCAAAAGCUGGAAGUUUAGAAGAAUUGGAUAAAAGUAUUGAUACUGAAACUGGACAUUGUAAUAAAAGUGAUUUGAAUGAUAGAUGUUUAACAAAUAUGGACAUUGAAUAUGUGAAUUCUGUUAAAAGGACUGAUAAUGCUGGUGCAUUUAACAUAUUAAAGAAGCAGUUUGAAAAGCAUCUGGGUAAUGGUAAAAAUGCAAAUAAGGUCGAUGAAAAUGUUUUUCUUGAUAAAACUGAAAAGCAGGAAGGAAUGAAAGUUGGUGUAAGAUCACGAUCAAGUAGUAGGGAAAGUCAGAUGAUUCCAAGUCAAACAAGUUCUAGGAGAAACUCUGUAAUCCUGAGUGGCAUGAGUGGUGACGAAGAAAAGUGUUUCUGGUCAGCUGAGUCGAUAAAGAGGAGUCAAAGUUCAGAUGGAAGUGAUUCAUACAGAAGUGACUCUAAAAGAGCUAAAAAGUCAAAAUCAAGUGCAUAUGGAAGUAGCUCUGCUGGUUCUAGGAAAAGUUCCAGAAGUUCGUCUUUGGACCAAGAUUCAGUGAGAAGGAAGAGCAAAAGUAAGAAGAAGCAGAAAAAGUCAUACAGAUAUGAUUCAGAUUCUGAUGGAAUUCCAGGUGUGGAUUAUAUUGUUGUUAAUAGGUUUAAAGGACGUAAAGAGUUACGAGUAGUAGUUGAAAAAUUGAAAGUUAACAGUGAAGCUAAAACUGUAUUUGAUCAGAAGAAAAAUGGAUUAAAUUCUGUGAAAAGUGAACAUUUGCCAAAAGCUGAUGUUAAAAAUGAAGAUAAUGAAAACAAAAUUGUAGCAGACAUUGACCCUCCUAAAGCUAAAUCUGUAACUGGAUUUUCAGCAGAGUUUGAGAAAUUUCUUGCAAGUAAAUCAGAUCCUUCAUUUGUAAAAAAUGAAUCGGAUUCUGACACAGAAGACUGUGAUAUUUUAGAUAGUGGUGGAAUUGAAAAUUAUGGAGAUGAACCUGUUAUAUAUAGAACAGGCAUACGUGGCAGUAAAGGAAAUAAAAGUGAUGGAACCGAAUAUGUUAUAGAAAAAGAGCCAGAGUCUAGUGGUAAACUUGAACCAGAAGCUGAUUUGAAAGAUACAGAGUGUGUAGAUGUCUCAAAAGAUGAAAUGCAAAGAGAAGAUGUCACAGAAGAUGUUGAAAUAACAAGGCCAAAUGGAUGUUCAGCUAAACAUGGAGGAAUGAGAGAUUUUUCUAGCUCUAGUGAUGAAGAAAAGAGGCAGAAACGUCCUGUUAGACCAAAUAAUGAUACUAGGAAGCAAGCUAAAUUUGAAGGGAAAAAGAAAAAAGUUAGUAAAAGUAUACAUGAUGGGAGUGUUUUUUGUUCAAGGGCCAGGAAAAAGAGACCAAAGCCAAAGUCAAGAUCUUCAAAAUUAAUGUGCAGUCUUUCUGCCCUCCAUGAUGCAACUUUAGAGAAACUCACAAGUUUUCCCAUGUUCAAUGACCUGGAUACUGGAAAUUCUUCCUCGAGUCAGUCUCCAGCAAAGAGUCGAGACGUAUCAGAUAUUGACAGUCCUGUAAGGUGGCAUCCAAGAGUGAAAACCCCAGACUUUGAACUGUAUUUAGAUAGAACUGAUGAUCAUGUUUCUCAGUUUGAAGAUACUAUGUAUAAGCUGGCAUACCUGUCACCAAUGUCUUCAGAUGGCUGCUGUGAUUCACCACCUCGGCCCUUGUCACCUAAAGAGAUGAGAAAACUUGAUGGUACAGUAGAGCAGUCAUAUGAAAAAAUUCCAGAACACAGUGAAAAGAAGAUGACUAUGUCAGAUGUACUGAAAACAAUGCAAACUGAAUCGCAACAUGCUCAAGACUCUGAAAUGAACAAUGCUAAAGAAACACCAGGCACAUCAAUUAAGAUUGCUGUUGCAAAGAUUGAGGCUUUGACCUUUAAUGAUAUAAAAUCAUUUUGCCUGUCAGAGAAAGAUAAUGAAGAAAAGAACAAAGAAAAGAGAUCAGAUUCACCACCACCUGAUCUUGGACCACCUGUGCUAGAGUCAGAAAAGGAUGAGAAACCACAGGAGGGUAGCCCACCACCAAUGCUCUCUCCAAACAAAGACGAACAUGAAAGUGAUGUUGAAACUGCUCUCACUGUAGGGUCAAAUUUAUCAGGAUUAGACGGAAAUGGGAGUGCUCCACCAUUUUUAUUACCUUGUAGAUCUCCACGAGUUUCAAUGUCACCACGAUAUUCUUCUCCGAGGUGUGCAAGGGUGUCAGAUGGUUCAGAAAUAGGGGACUAUUUUAGUAUUCCAGUUGAGAGGGAUUCAAGUAGCAGAGCUGGUAGAUCACCAGGGGCUUGCAGUUCCAGUGGAUCUAUUAAUGUUAUUCACAGUGAAGAAUUCAGUGACAUUAGUGAUGAGAAUGAUAGUGAUAAUGAUAUUGGAAUGAGAAAACGUAACAGAAUAGGAAAGCCAAAAUACACUGAUAGUCCAACGAUGCCAAACUUAUCACCAAGAUUCGGAUCAGAUUGCUUGAAACUUUCAACUCAAGGGAAUUUAGAAUUUGAUGAAAAGGAAAGAAAACUUAGAGAUAUUAAAAUGUUUGAAGACAGACUAAAAAAAACUGAUCAGGAUAAGCAUUGUGAACAAGAAAGACAUAAACCUGAACUGAAAAGUUUAAGGAAAGCUGAUGAAAAUAGAAACAACAUUUUUGAGUUACUUUCAGGGAGAUACACUAUGCCUUUGAACCAGAUGGUUGACCAAACUAGGAUAACCGCUGAAAAGAAUUUAUACCCAGUUAGAGAGAAGACUGUAGAAGUUAUUAUGAAAGAAAGACUAAAAAAUGGAUAUUCAGGGGAACUAAGAGAUUCCAGUCGAACUUGUAAUAAAAAUAUGUUCGGAAAUUCUGAAAAAUUGAUAUUUGAUUCAAUGUUGAAAACUGAUGUCACCAAAUUUUCACAGAACAAGAAUAUAUUCAAAGAUGCAGCUUCAAAUUUUGCGACACAGAGAAACGAACUGCGGAAUGGAGAGCUGGAUUAUUUCAAACAUAAUUCUCACAGCCGGAAUGGAGAAUUAAAUCGUUCUUUAUCUCAAAAUGACUUUGUUGCACAAUAUCAAAGUUUUAGGAACUCAAAGGCCUAUCAGAACAUGAGUAUGGAUUUGAAUCGUGCAGCGUUAGAAAGAAAUUCUCCUUCAAAUGGUAAACAUUUAGUCUCACCAACUAACUUUUUUGAAACCUUAAAUAUCAAUCGCCCUAGUUCGAGGCAGAGUGAUAGAGGAAUAAAUAGUGGUGAUUUGUUUGAAUCUUGUUCUGAAGGUAGCUCAAGGCAUUCAUUUCCAUCAUUUAAUCGAUCCCUGUCAGACAAUGGUCGGUCAGAAUAUGGUAUCGUUCGAAGUAAUAAACUUAGUAACUCAAUAAUGAGAAGUGUACAAAACUAUGCAAGCAAAGGAAAAAGUAAGCUGGAUUUAAAUAUAACUACGCUCACUGACGUACCUUUUCUUGAAUUUGGUGGUGGUGAAGGAAAAAGAAAACAAAAUGUUAAAGCACAUAAUCAAAGUGGACGAGCUAGCACUGCUGGACAAAGUUCAAGGUCCGUCCAUCUUGGUGAAGGUGAUAGCUUAGGUCGUAACAACGGAAACCGGGAUCAUGGAAAAGGUCAAGGUUAUCAGACUUUUGAUGAGAGCAAUAUACAAACUGGCUGUCAUGUGAUCACACCACUUAAAGCACCUCCAUCACUGGAGAAUAUUCUUGAAUCAGCCAAUCAGCAUGGUUUGGCAGCAUAUAGACCAACCGGUGCCUUUUACAGUAACUACGGAGACGUGCCUGAGAAACCAAGGGAGGGAGGUGGUCAUGUGCUCAAGUUGCCGUCCAUGCUGGUAAAAGAUCUUGAAGAGUUUGAUUCAUCGUCAUUUUUAUCAACUUCGUCAUCAUCAUUAUCAUCAUCAUCAUCAUCAGUUACAGGGAUUAAAAAUUGGAGAACUAUUUUAUGUGCCAAAGACUCAUUACUUUCAUCUCAGACUGGUUCUUCAGAUUUACUAGAAAAACUUGACACUGAACCAGCCUUAAAAUAUGCAAUAACUGGGGACCAGUCUGUAAUCAUUACUCCAUGUAUUCUACCCCCAUCUAAAAAAACUGUAGAAAAGUGGUAUAAAGGAAGAAAAGCGUAUAAAAACUUGAAAAAUCAAGCUCGAAAAGUAAGUAAAGAGGAAGAAGAUAAGGAAGAAAUUGGUGAAAAAAGUAAAGAGGAUAUUUUUUCUGAUUCUGAAAAAUUAAAUCCACCUGAUGCUAAACAAGAAACAGACAUUGAAUUUACUAAAGUCACUGCAAAAAGAAAAACAAAUAUCAAAGACAAAAACGAGCAAGAUACUAAAGUGUUACUGGAAAACCUUGAAAAGAGCAAGGUUGAUGAAGACAUUAUAAGUCCGGCAGCAGAGCUGGAUGAAUUAAAUAGAAGUCGAAGACUUAGCGACAACCAAGAAGAUGAUGCCAGUUUAUUACAUAGUACACCUGUACUUCGUAGAGGGUCAACGGAACUGUUUGAGCCGGAGUGUACACCUAUCACAGGUGAGAAAAGACCACUUGGGAGCCAAGGGGAUCAAGGUGGAGAAUUUGUGACACCAAAACGGAUAAGACCAUUAAGAAGGCUGUCUACAAAUACAGAAUCCACACUGAGGAGAGCAAUCUUGUCCUCGCAAGUCAAACAACAGUUUGGUACACCAGCAUUACAGAGAAGAGACACAUCACAGAUUGAAGGACCAUCAUUGAAGAAUUCAUUCGGGUUCAAACACAGUCAGCAGAACCUUCAGGAUGCCAAAUCAUUACACGAGUAUCAGUACUUGACUGUGUUAAGUGUUGAGAUCCAUGCAGAAACCAGAGGUGAUUUGAAGCCUGACCCAGAAGUAGAUGGCAUAAAGGCAAUAUUUUACUCCAUAUUUAAUGAUGUACAUCCUGGGAAAGGAACCAGGAAUGAAUCUGGUGUUUUCAUAGUGGACCAAGACUCAGCCAAUGAGGAGGCAGGAGACAAAUCAUCAACCAAUCAGAAGGCUCCUACUAUAAGGCCAUCAAGUCCUCAGCCAGGACCAUCCAGAGCACCUGACGUACCAAGGGCCGGAAGGUCAGAGGUCAUUGCAUCUACUUCAAAGGUCAUGGAUGCCGGGUCAGAGGUCAGGCAUCUGAAAAAGACUUUGUUACAGAAGUCAGGUGUUCAUGGUUUGACUGUGACCUAUGUGAAAGAUGAAAAUGAACUUCUACAAACAUUCAUUGACUUUGUACACAGGUGGAAUCCAGAUAUCCUUGUUGGCUAUGAAAUCCAGAUGUUGUCUUGGGGUUACAUUCUACAGAGAGCCUCCUUUCUGAGUAUAAACCUAGCACAGGCUAUAUCUCGUGUGCCGUCAGCGAAGAGUUCGAGCCACCACUCCAAGGAAAAGGACGAGUAUGGAGCUGAUCACAUGUCAGAGAUACAUAUUGCUGGUCGCAUUGUGCUCAACCUGUGGAGGCUGCUCAGACAUGAGGUGACACUGAACAUCUACAGUUUUGAGAAUAUUGCAUUUCACGUUCUACACAGACGAAUACCACUGUUCACAUUCAGAAAUCUGACAGCAUGGUUUAAACACCGGACUCACCUACACAGAUGGAAGGUUAUAGAGCAUUAUGUAACAAGAGCGAAGGCUAACCUGGAGAUAAUGGAUCAGCUAGAUAUGGUGGGACGGACCAGUGAGUUCGCUCGUGUGUUUGGUAUAGAGUUCUAUCACGUACUGUCCAGAGGAUCACAGUACCGUGUUGAAUCCAUGAUGUUACGAAUUGCCAAGCCGAUGAAUUACAUUCCUGUCUCACCUAGUGUUCAUCAGAGAGCUAGAAUGAAGGCCCCAACAUGUAUACCUCUCACCCUGGAACCAGAGUCCAAAUUCUACACGGACCCAGUGGUUGUGGUAGACUUCCAGUCCCUGUACCCAUCCAUCAUGAUAGCCUAUAAUUACUGUUUCUCCACAUGCCUCGGUAGAGUGGAGUGGUUUGAAAAAGCACAUGAAGGACCUAUUGAGUUUGGUUGUACAUCUCUUGGUCUGGAACCUUCUGUGAUAAAGAAACUAUCAGAUGAAGUGACAAUAUCUCCCAAUGGUGUAGUGUUCUGUAAACAGUCGGUCAAAAGAGGUGUUCUCCCGAUCAUGGUUGAAGAGAUACUGAAGACACGUCUCAUGGUGAAGAAGGCAAUGUCUAGUUACAAAGGUGACAAGACAUUGAGCAGAAUGUUGAAUGCGAGACAGCUUGGUUUGAAGUUGAUAGCCAAUGUGACUUAUGGCUAUACAGGCGCUAACUUCUCUGGUAGAAUGCCCUGUAUUGAGGUCGGAGACAGUAUUGUGAGGAAGGCACGAGAAACGCUUGAACGUUCCAUCAAGCUGAUUGAGGACACACCAAGCUGGGGAGCUAGGGUCGUGUAUGGAGAUACUGAUAGUAUGUUCAUUGAGCUGAAAGGCCGGAGUAAAGAUGAAGCUUUCAAGAUUGGGCAGGAUAUUGCCAGAGCCGUCACAGCCAUGUUUCCAAAACCUAUCAAACUCAAGUUUGAAAAGGUUUAUUUGCCAUGUGUGUUACAAACAAAGAAGCGAUAUGUUGGCUUCAUGUACGAGACACCAGAUCAGAAGGAACCAGUGUAUGAUGCAAAAGGGAUAGAAACUGUUCGUAGAGACACGUGUUCAGCUGUUUCCAAGGUUUUGGAAAGAUCUCUGAAGAUUCUGUUCACCACAAAGGACGUAUCCGAGGUGAAGUCAUAUAUACAACAACAGUGUCAGAAAGUAAUGGAGGGUUCUGUCAGUCUACAGGACUUCAUUUUUGCCAAGGAAUACAGGGGCAUGCCUGGGUAUAAACCUGGAGCCUGUGUCCCUGCUUUGGAGAUAGCUAAGAAACAGCUUCGUCAGGAUCGUCGAUCUGAACCUCGUGUUGGAGAGAGAGUGCCUUAUGUGAUAGCAUAUGGCAGUCCAGGUCUGCCACUGAUCCAGCUGGUGCGUACACCAGGAGAGGUUCUUCAGGACCCGUCACUCCGUCUCAAUGCUACAUACUACAUUACCAAACAGAUAUUACCUCCCCUGGACAGGUUUCUGUCUCUAAUGGGAGCUAAUGUGUUUUCAUGGUACCAAGAGAUGCCCCAUUCAGCAGGCCGAGUUGCAUCUCAUAUAGCCGGACCUGAACAGGCUAAAAAGGGAACAAUAUCUCAGUACUUUGCCACAUCAAAUUGUCCAACAUGUGAUCGACAGACAAAGAAGGCAGUAUGUGAGAGAUGUAUGCAGGAUCCGCAGCUUGUGUGUAUGACACUCAAUGACAGGAUUACACGCUGGGAGAGAGUUAACCAACAUAUACAACAGAUCUGUGGAGCUUGUGUGGGAACUUCUGACAUGGCAUCCAUUAAAGCCUGCUCAACUUUGGAUUGUCCAGUACAGUAUAGACGUGCUCGUGCUUCCUCUGAUAUGAUCAAAGCUCAGUCUUACAGAGAUAUCCUGGAAAAAGUUUUUAAGUGAAUGUACAGGAUAUGUUAUCAUCUGUGAAUGAACAUACAGAUGAACAUACAGGAGGUGUUACCAUCUGUGAAUGAACAUAGAAAUGAACUUAGAGAAGGUGUUACCAUCUGUGAAUGAACAUACAGGAGGUGUUACCAUCUGUGAAUGAACAUACAGGAGGUGUUGCCAUCUGUGAAAGAACAUAGAAAUGAACUUAGAGAAGGUGUUACCAUCUGUGAAAGAACAUACAGAUGAACAUACAGGAGGUGUUGCCAUCUGUGAAAGAACAUACAGAUAAGCAUACAGGAGGUGUUGCCAUCUGUGAAUGAACAUAUAGCAAGUCCUUAGCAUCUGUGAAUGAACAUAUAUAUAAACAUAAAGGAGGUGUUACGAUCUGUGAGUGAACAUAUAGAGGUGUUACCAUCAGGAGUUACCAUCUGUGAGUGAAUAUAUAGAGGAACAUACAAGAGGUGUUACCACCUGUGAGUAAACAUAUAAAUGAAUAUACCGGAGGAGCUAUCGUCUGUGAAUAACAGAAUGUUUUGCUGAAAGAUCUGUAGACCGAGAGUUGGUGUUUAGUAUCAGGCAGGAUACUUCUUUUGGUGAAAAGAAAGUCAGUUAAUCGUGUAUUAGUAGCUUUAAAUAGUAGGGAUAUGCCUCUCUGGCUCUUAAAUGAUGCCCAGAAGGGCACCUUGGACCUUUCUCCACCAUUAUCCAUGAUGGUGUGACUUAGAGCUGGAAAGUCAUUAUAUGACCUUUGUGACUUAAAGCUGGAAAGACACGAUAUGAUCUUAACCAUAAUGGUGUGACUUAGAGCUGAAAAGUCACCAUAUGACCUUUACUGUGAUGGUGUGACUUGAAGCUGAAAGUCACAAGAUGACCUCUACUAUGAUGAUGUGACUUAAAGCUGGAAAAUCACAAUAAUACCGAGAUGUUCUCUUUGAACUAAAAAAGCUAACAUGUUCAAUUUUACCCUCUUUUCUGUUUUUUAAAGUGUCAGGCUUAGAAAAUAUCUGUCAAACUAUUAAGUAAAACAGUGUAGUUUUUGUUGUCAUGGAAAAGUCUAUGCCUUUUGCGUAUCCUUCAAGAUUUUAAUGAGACCAUCUAAUAUUGAUGCUUAUCAGCAGUAUGGCUGUCUGACAGCCAGUGACUUGGUACAUGUUGAUGGUCCUUUUAAAUAUUAAAAAGAUCUGUUUAAAGGUACACGUUCUAUAAUACAAGUAUCUCAAUACAAAUUUCCGAGAGUGAAUACGGUUAUGUUUAGCAUCAAGGAAUAUUGAUUAGGUCUUCUUCUGUUACGAAUGUAAGACAAGUGACUUUUAGCGUGUUAGCAAAGAUAGUGUUAAUGAAAAGUUAAAUAUAUACAUAUCUGUCAUCACUGAAGUAGCAUUAGAAUAGUGUUAUGUACAAUGUAGUUGUGAAAAAAAAGAUUUUAUACCGAUUGUGAAUCAUUGUCUGUUCUCUAGUGUACAGUUUAUGUAUUAUUUCUGUUCUCUAAUGUAUAGUUGUUUUUUUUUGCGUAACUUAGUUAUGCCAAUAUAAUUGGAAUGUAGAGUUCAGAUUGAAUUUUGUUUUAUGCGUAUGUUUACCCAGCUUUUAAGUUACAAAUAUCUUAAGAGUUGUGUUAUAUUCUAGAUUAUGUUUACAUUUUUAUCUUUUCAUCACUUGGAAACAGGUUAAUAAGUCAGUUAUAUAGCUGUCUCUUUGUAGGGUCUUUAAGGAGGUAGGUUACCUUUAUAUUUGUAUGUGCGCAUGUCCAACCGGAAGCUAACGUGACGAUUUACGACGACGUUUACGACAAACUAAAUGUGUUAAAUUAUUCAUUCUUCUGAAAACAAAUCAUAGACCUGUCUUCGAUCUGACGCUUGAUGGUUUAAUAAUGCAGAAAUAAUGAAUAAAUUGCCGCAGAAACGCUUCAAAACAAUGUUGCCUUAAAAUGACGUCAUUGACGUCAUGACGUUACGUGUCAGUUACCGCGCAAAAUUAAUAGCUUUUAUCUUGAAAGUACGUAAUUUUGUGCAUUUUCUUUAUUCAAACUAUUUUCAAAUAACCAUUAUUUGCUGAAAUAAUUUUUUUGAGUCUUUUGCUCUGAAUAAUAAUCAAUAUUUUGCUUCUUUUAUGUAGUUAUAUUGAAAUGUAAUGCGGAAUGUAAGAAAAUGGAUGAUGGUAACCAAUGUUAUUUGGAAUAUAGUUGGGUGAGAGGUUACUUGUUACGGCCAUUUUCAAAUAAAAAAUCUAGCAGUUUGAUUUGUAAUACCUAUUUUUCAGGUUCCGUUGAUAAUUUGUUACUUAUAUACUAAAACUAAGAUCUAAAAUUGUUCAAAUUUCAGUAGAAAAUUGUGGUUUCUUGAAUUGAACUGAUGUUACCAUGGAAACGAAGCCCGUGACCUAUGUAUCUAAAUGUAAAAUUCAAAAGCCUUCACACUAGUCUAUUUAAGAAACACAGCUUCGGCUUUUUAUUUUCAUUUCAACAAUAUCCAUGAGAAUAAUUGUAGCAUGCUGAACGAUUUUUCCAUGAAAAAUGCCAGACGAGGGGUACUGCUGUAAGUAUUCUAAGCUUAGAAAUUCCUUUGAAUAAAUACAGAUAACACGGAAAUAUAACUUACAUUAGAAAUAAUAUGUUUUAAAGCUACAUCAACUAGAAAGAUAAUCUUAUUCAAUAUUAUUUUAUAAGAAAUUACGACAAAAAGCAAGAUAUAAGCCAUUUUAAACAUCUCUGUUGCCAUGGUUACUUUAAACUUUAAGAAAAAUAGGGUACCAUGUAUAUUGCUUGGUAUUUUGCUAAUAAUAUUGCUCAAAUAUUCCAUGUUGGUCAUUAACAGAAUGGCACUGAAGCCGUCGAAAACCCCUAUUUUUAUACAUAGUUGUUUAAAAAUGAGAGAAAAUGCGUUACCAUGGAAACACGAGCCCCGCGACAUAUACAUUUUAAGCUUAUAUUAGAAAGCUAACGUGCAUACUAGUAAAAUUAUACAUUAUGCUGACUUCUACGGAUAUCAAUGAAACUAAAAUUCACUGAAAAGUGUUAAAUAUCCGUAUUUUCCUUCUUCUUUCAAUAUGAAAUACCUUUGGAGGGUCAUGUUCUUCAAACGUGGAUAAAAAUUGAACUUGAAGGGACAGAGAAAAACGAAACUGAGAUUUUAGCAGUUAAAACUUCAUAUUACACGAAAUACAAAAAGAUGUUGCGGUUCUACUAAUUUGAAUUUACCCUUGUAACAAGGUAACCUACCUCCUUAA